AAUUAAUAAUUAAACAAAUAAGCGAUUAUUAUUUAAAUAUAAAGUGGUAAAAAAUGUCAAGUGUAAUAAAUUAUUUAAUAUUUUUAAUAAUUAUUAAAGAAAGUUAUUCACAAUUACAAAAAAAUUUAGUGCAUAUUCAGGCAAAGGAUCCAGAUAUGCAUCGAAAAGAUGUUACAUUUGGAGGAUUCACAUUUUUACGAGGUCAAUUAUUUGAUGAACAGCAUUUAAAUAAUAAAGGAGUAUGUACUGGAAGAUGUUCAGAUUAUGAAAAUACCCAUUAUCAUUAUAAUGAUAGAUAUAAUAAAUCAAUAACUCAACAAUUAUUUAAAUGUUCUGGGCGUAUUGUUAAAUGUCGAAAUGUUAAUAAUUUUGAUAUUUCUGUUGUUGUGUAUGCUGAUAAUAAUAUGUAUAGAUAUAAAGUUAAUAAAGAAAGAAAUGAUUAUCAAAUACGAAAAGCUGAAAAUUAUCAUGACCAUUAUAAUUCUCAGAAGCAUCAUGAUUUAUAUACAAACUAUGAUGUUAAAUCUGAUUAUAAUAAUUGUGCAACAUGCAAAUGUUAUUGCGAUGAUACAACUAAUAAAAAAAUAAUACGUUCUUUUUGUUUGGACGCUGUUAAAUCUCGAACUGAAGACGGAUAUGUGAUAACAGGUUUACGAUUUCGAAUAAGAGCUAGAAUCGUACAUUUAGAAAUACAACAAGGUAAAUUGGUCAAUGGUGUUGUUGAUAGAAAUACUGUUCAUUGGUUUGCUAAAAAUUGGUGCUCACUUACUGGAGCAAUGAAUUAUGACAACCGUUCUUUUCAAUUGGAUGAUAUUAUUUUACCACACAAUCAAGUUUUAACAGGUCUCAUGAUAAAUAGAUACGAUCCUAAAACGAAAAUUCAUGGAUAUAGACUUGGAAGAUUUUCAUUAGGAGUUAUUGCAACAGUUUUAGAUAAUAAAGGAAAUCUUGACGUCAACAACUGGUUUACAUAUCACAGAAUACAAGGAUUUCGAAAAGCUUUAUUAAUAUCUGAUUCAAAUAUUUCUUUAAUAUCACCUUUUGGCAGUGAUGAACUAAGUACACCAAAUAGACACUAUAUUAAAUUUCAUCCGAGCGACUGGAAGUACGAUUUCGCUCAACAUAUUAUACCGUUUUUGGAUUUACAAGAUGUCGUUACUGAGCCACCAUCCCCAGUAUCUGGUGCUGGAAUUUAUUAUAAAAGUAAAAAAGGUUACGGUGGUUUUAUAGCGCCUAAAAUAGUUGUCAGAACAAAUCAUCGAUAUAACUAAAAAACAAAAUAAUUAUUAAAUUUAUUGUAAUUAUUUAAAUGAAUUAUAUUCAUCAAAGU